GAUGUCUAACCUGUACGCAUUCUCAUCCAACAUGAUGGAAGACUAUCAACAGCAACCGUCGCAACAGACGCCCGGCGGCGGCAACGGCGAGGGCCACAUCAAACGGCCCAUGAACGCCUUCAUGGUCUGGUCGCGCAUACAGCGGCGCAAGAUCGCCCUCGACAAUCCGAAGAUGCACAACAGCGAAAUAUCCAAGCGUCUGGGCGCCGAAUGGAAGCUGCUCACCGAGUCGGACAAGCGACCGUUCAUCGACGAGGCGAAACGCCUCCGCGCCCUGCACAUGAAGGAGCACCCGGACUACAAGUACAGGCCGAGGAGGAAGCCCAAGGGACCCCUGCCAUCGGGCCUCAAGUCCGCGGUCGGCUUCCCCAGCCUGCAGCUGCCCUAUUUCCCGCCGAUGGACUCCCUGAGCACGCCGUACUCGCCGUACUUCAAUCCGGCGUUCGACAUAUCGAGGAUGAACGUGCCGCAGCCGGACAAGGCUCCGCAGUCGGUGCACCAUCAGCCGCCGGUGGUGACGUCGCUGCACUCCUCGCUUCACUCGUCGUUGUACUCGUCGCUGUACCAGACGCCGCCCAAGGCGUUCGCACCGUCGCCCAUGGGCAUGUUCUCGUCGAUACCGACGACGCCGAUGAUGUACUCGGCGUCGAGCAGUCCGGCGUCGAGUCCGGCGAGCUCAGAUCUGGAGAUCAGGCGGCCCGUUCCGGUCAUGUACUAGUGAAUUAUACUGUGAAAUGUGAUUGUUUUAGUUUGCGAAUUGUAAUUGUUAACUAUGAACUAUAUAUUUUGUACAUAGAGAGUAAUUAUUAUUUGUUUUUUUUAUUGUGUUCUGUGAUUGUAAAAUUGCGACUGAUUUUUUUGUAUAUAAUAUUUCUGUAGGUAUGUCAAACAUGUAUAUGGAUGUCGAUGUAUAUUGAAGACGUUAACCAAUUUGUUAUUUAUUAUUGAUUUGAUGUAUUUCUAUAAUGUAUAUAUUAUAA